AUGAACGCGAUCCGCCAGAUACAAGCGCUCAACAAGCGCGAACUCGAGAAUGCAGUACCACCUGAAGCUUCGUGGCAUGCCGACUACCGCGAUUCAGCCUACAUCAACAUCGGUGGCCUUCCCUUCGACCUCUCGGAAGGCGAUAUCGUUACUAUUUUUUCACAAUUUGGCGAGCCUGUGCAUGUGAACCUCAUACGCGAUAAAGAGACGGGCAAGAGCAGAGGGUUCGCAUUCCUCAAGUAUGAAGACCAGCGCAGCACGGAUCUCGCUGUGGACAAUCUCGGCGGCGCAACAGUCAUGGGUCGUGUUCUUCGAGUCGAUCAUACCCGAUACAAAAGGCGCGAGGACGAGGGCGAGGAAGAUAAUGUUGCAUCGAUUAUGGGCCCUGCUGCUGGUGCUUCUAGAGGAAGUCACGAUGAUACCGAUGAGCGAAGACGCCGGAGAACAAGCGAUGCUGAUGAGAAGCCACGGCCUAUGCUCAAAGAGGAGGUGGAGCUUGCUGAGCUCAUGCGCGAUCACGACGAGGAGGACCCGAUGAAAGAGUUUCUAGUCCAGGAGAAGAAGGAAGAAGUUGCCCGAGCUCUAGAAGAACUCAAGUCCAAAAGCAGCAGGAGACACCGACGACCAGACGACAACCGCGAACGUUCUUCUAAACACCGCCAUCAUCGCCACAGACGAAGCGAGAACAGAUCUCGGUCGCGGGAGAGGUCUCAUAGGGAUCGGGGCGAAACCAGUCGUCGAGACCGAGAAUAUCGUGAUCGAUCAGAUUAUGCUGAUCGUAGAUGA